CAGAAGGCAAACGAAGCUGUCGAUAACAAAGAAGUGUAAAUGGAAAUUUGUUGAUGGUCCCAGUCUUCGCUUUUGCUGAGGAUGGAAAUUUGUGAUUUUGAAGUGGAAAUAUUUGGUUUUAGAGGUUCUUAUCUGGAGUAGAAUAUUGGUGGGUGAGCCAGAAUUUGGUUGCCUCAGUUAGGAUCGAUGACCGUUUAACUUUGGAACAUUCGCUGAAGGACCCCAUUGAGAAAAGUGAGCCUCGAGUGUGCUAGUAUUAGUGGGUAUAAAGGGAACCAUUCUCAAUUGGAAAGGUCCAUGCAUGCUGUUGUUGGCAUGGGAAAGUAGGAGUAGUGGGUUUGUGAUGCGGCGCGGUUUGGAAGCUGGCAAAACAUGAUGCUGUGCAAAGUCUUUGUUCAAUAUGAAUGAGUGCCACGACGCCAAAAGUGUAUUUGCUGUAGCUUUCGAUCGAAGGACGUAGAAAGUCCUACUUGUUUUUAAAGAGUGCAAUUAUAAAUUAGCUCAGAAGUUUGACGGAACUUCGCAGAUGAAACGGAUUGAUGUUGUGAGUUGUGUUUAAAAUCUGGCCUGUAAGUGAAGUGUAAAAUAGAAAAAAAGAAAUAUGCCGCUUGAUUCAGCGACUAGAGUUUUCAAUUAAUUACUACACGCGUUUGGUAUUUUUUCUACUUAGCGUAGCACAAGUGUCGAGUUUCCUAAACCCCAGAAAAGAUCAUAAUAUGAUGAGAUUGAGCUCGCUGUAUCCCUUUUGCCAACGGAGUGUUAAUAGUGUGCCGAGCUAUGUAUAAGCUAUAGCGAAGUGUAAAAAUACUCAAUUCAUUCCGCGCCACUUGAAAUAAGAGUGAAAUUUCAGUGCAUUCAUCGUGUUUUUCGGAACCCCUCAUUCGAUUCGCCCUCCAAACGAUAGCCAAGAGCAGACAGUGGAGUGCUUCCACUGUACUCGGAUGGGUUGUUGUAGUUGAUUCACCGUUCGGGUGAAACAUAUAUUGAAGUGUUCCAGUCAGUCUGCAUGUCAUUAUCUUCGUUCCAUAACAAAACAGUGCUAUUUCGAGGGAUGGUGACCUCGCUACGUGUGUUCUUAUCAUAAGAGGAGCUUGGGGUACUUGCACAGACAGCAUCACACGAGUUCCUGUCUACGGAAAUUUGCCCACGGAAAGCUGUGAGCUGAUCUGAUCUGCUUGCAAAAAAUAAAAAAUAAAAAAUUGUGAAACGAAAUCAGCGUGUAAUUGUUGUUAGUGAAGUGGGGCCAGCAAGUAUCGCUAACAUUCUCACGGUGGCGGCGUCAUCUGUUGCGGCCUUUCUAGCAGAUACCGCACUGCCCUCACCAGUUUUCUGGCCUCCUCCAGGCGGCCAGCAGCGGCAUUAGAAGAUGUGGAGUUUAAAAUGUGGAUUAAUCGUUUUCGCUCUUCUCGUCAUCGACAUCGAAAGUGGUUACGUAAGAGAAAUAAACAAAGAGCGCCGCCUCAACGAAUACAUAUCCCACUACGAAACGCUUAGCUACGACCACAAACAUCUUCAUGCUAGUCACAGUAGAGCCAAGCGAUCAGUCACCAAAGAUCAUCAUGUACAGCUUAGAUUUAAGGCCCACGGGCGAGAUUUUAACAUUAGGCUAAGAAGAGAUCUCAGUACUUUUAGCGAUAAGUUAGAGAUUCAGACCGACAACGGUCCGAUCAAGGCCGACACGGCGCACCUCUACCAUGGGGAAGUGCUCGGGGACCCGGAGAGCCACGUGUUCGGGUCCAUCAUCGACGGGGUGUUCGAGGGCAAACUGAUCACGGCCCGAGACAGCUACUACGUGGAACGGGCCAAACACUACUUCCGGAACAGCUCCAACCCGGAUACCCAUCCGCUGCACCAUGGCGUCGAGGGCCAUGACGAGCCGUUCCACUCGGUGAUCUACAACGAGAAGCACGUAGACGAUCCGUACCGGCACCGGAGGAAAGGUCAUCCCUCCGGCUGCGGCAUCAACGAGGAAGUGUCGGCCUGGAUGGACCGGGUUCAGAACUCGGCCAUGGACGAAGACGAACGGCAACCGGAAGAACACUCGAGAGACGACAGCAACGAUUCGGCCACAGAAAGUGGUCUGAAUAAUUUAUUGCGAAAAUCAUCAACUGUGGCCGGCGGUUAUCAUAAUGAGAGUGGUGGCUCCUCGAAGCAGCCUUUCAAAAGUACUAAUUACCAGAAAAAUUAUUCUAAAGAUAGAGUGCUGAAUGGUGGUGUCGGUGACGAUGCUAGGCAGAAAUCUAGUGGCAGCAGCAGUAGUAAUCGGUUGGAAACCGGCUAUGAGUUUAAAUUUCCCCACGAAAAGUACUCGAAGGCGGCUAACUGGCGGGCCGAGGGAGAACAUCCGGACGAUGGACACUGGCACCGGACGGCUCAUGAGCGGGUAAGGAGGGCUACCCGACCGAAGGAGGAAAACAAAAAUACCUGCUCGCUGUACAUUCAGACGGAUCCACUCAUCUGGAGGUACAUUCGGGACAGCAUCGCUGAUCACGACCGAGGACGCAAGUCGGAAAUCGACGAGAAAACUCGCGAGGAAAUCCUUUCCCUGAUUGCCCACCACGUGACGGCGGUGAACUACAUCUAUCGGAAUACCAAAUUCGACGGACGGAUAGAGCACCGGAAUAUACGAUUUGAGGUUCAACGGAUCAAAAUUGACGACGAUUCUGCAUGCAAUGAAAACUAUAACGGCGAAUCGAAUCCGUUCUGCAUGGAAAAUAUUGAUGUGUCCAACUUCCUCAAUUUACAUUCCCUGGGCAAUCACGAGAUUUUCUGUUUGGCGUACGUUUUUACGUAUCGUGAUUUUACCGGCGGCACUCUCGGCUUGGCCUGGGUCGCAUCGGCGUCCGGGGCCUCCGGAGGUAUUUGCGAGAAGUACAAAACCUACACCGAAACGGUGGCCGGUUUAUACCAGAGCACUAAACGUUCCCUCAAUACCGGCAUCAUCACGUUCGUGAACUACAACAGCCGCGUUCCUCCCAAGGUGUCCCAGCUGACGUUGGCUCACGAGAUCGGGCACAACUUUGGAUCACCGCAUGACUAUCCUGCAGAAUGUAGACCGGGAGGAAUCAACGGGCACUACAUUAUGUUUGCCAGUGCCACGAGCGGUGAUCGCCCGAACAAUAGUAAAUUCUCUACCUGUUCAGUGCGUAACAUCUCGAACGUGCUGGACGCAAUAGAGGACAACAAAAAGCGAAACUGCUUCCAGGCUUCCGAGGGAGCCUUCUGUGGCAACAAGAUUGUCGAGAUCGGUGAAGAGUGUGAUUGUGGUUUUAACGACGAGGAGUGCGCCGACAAGUGCUGCUACCCGCGGGUCAUCAGCGAGGUCGAUCUGGGCGUAAACCAAACUGCCAAGGGUUGCACCCGACGGGCCAGAACCCAAUGUAGCCCCUCGCAAGGGCCCUGCUGUGAUAACAAUUCGUGCAAGUUUGUUUCUAGCUAUUCAAAUGUUACCUGCAAAGAGCAGACCGAAUGUUCGUGGAGUUCGACCUGCAACGGGACGACGGCCGAAUGUCCGGAACCGAAACCAAGGGACGACAAAACCAAGUGCAAUAAUGGAACUCAACUGUGCAUCAAAGGCGACUGUUCCGGUUCGAUUUGUUUGCUGUGGAACAUGGCCGAAUGUUUCCUAACUUCCAACAUCAUUCCUAACAUCGAUAAGCGUAAGCUAUGCGAGUUGGCAUGCCAGAAUGGCAACGAUACUAGCACGUGUCGUAGCACUAGCGAGUUUGCUCACUUGUACGGUCUACCGGACGGUGGGAUCAGUUUACGUCCAGGAUCACCCUGUGACAACUUCCAAGGAUACUGUGAUGUGUUUCUCAAGUGCCGUGCCGUUGAUGCCGAGGGCCCACUGGUGCGGCUGAAGAAUUUACUCUUCAACAAGCAAACUCUGCAAACGGUAGCCCAAUGGGUUACAGAGAACUGGUACAUGGUCUGCCUGAUGGGCAUCCUGUUUGUGAUCUUCAUGGGCAUGUUUAUAAAAUGCUGCGCAGUUCAUACACCGAGCUCGAAUCCCAAAAAGCCACCGGCUCGACGAAUCACCGAUACGCUGCGACGACCGAUGAACACCCUGAGGCGCAUGCGUAAUCAUCAAGGUGGUGGUCGUGGUGGCCCUCGUAGUGUUCCGGUAGCGCACAACGAUCGCUCCCGUAGUGCUGGAGGCGGGGGAGGUGGCCGAGAUGGCGGAGGACGAAGUAGAGGCGGUGGAGAAGGUCACGGGGAGCGCCGAAGUGGGCACCCAUCGUCUUCGUCCGGCGGAAACGGAGGAGGCGGAGGACGACCUUCGAACAGUUCCAGAGUGCCAGCGCAUGGGUAUGGUGAAGGCAGAGGCCAACAAUACUAUCCACCGAAAGCAACCGCCCCACUAAUUCAGAACUAUAGCAGGAUGAGCAGCGCCGAGCCGUACGCCGAAGCCUAUCCGGAGCGGAACAGAGCGAUGCCAGUAGCGGCCAGCGCGGGGGCCUAUGUUGAACUCCCGCGGCAUCACUACACCAACAACAAGGUCUGACCUGUGGGCGAUCCAAUAGCAGCAACAGUAGUUACGACGGCUAAAGCCGGAUCUGAUCGUCGCUAGUUCGCGGUAGUUCUUCUUCUUCCGUUGGGGGCUGUCGACGACUUCCGGUGCAGUUGCAGUCAUCACUAUGAAUGAUCAUUCCCGCCAUUAUCGCCGCCAUCGACGGACCACCAACCACCCGCGGUGCCCUCGAUUCAAGGAAUCCCAACCCAAAACCCAAACCCAACAGCUCCUGGGCACGUUCUCUGAGAGCGGCUGCCGGGCAGAAAAUCUACUACAACAAUAACAAUAUUUAUAAGAUAUUUUUAUUUUUCUAAGAUGAGAGAACCAAAAAGAAAUGAAACGGUAACAAAAAAAAACAAACUCAUUGAAUCAAGCAAAUAACUCAACUCAAGCAUAAGUGUAAGAAAAAGAAAAAAAAAAUAUUACAAAUAGGAAACCGAGAAUCAAAUAGACGUUUUCAUCUCACUAUUCAAGAGAAAAUGGAAAAUGGAGUGAUUUAUAGGAUUGUGCAUGCGAAACACUAGAGCGAUUGCAUCGUGUAUUUAGGAGUAUCUAAUAAUAAAUUUGAAUGUUUUAGUUCAUGAAGUGAUUGGAGAAUUGAAGCCACUUGGAGCGGUUUGCGUUGUUUCUAUAAGUAUAGGUAAAGUAAUUGAUGUUUUGUUCCAUCAGAAGGUCACACGUUACACUUCUUUCUGAAGCAGAGAAAAUCGUUACAUUUUAAAAUUUCGGACGGUGCUGAUACAAUGGGAGGCCAACAACAGAUACGCCGGGUAUUCUGCUCUUGUUUUUUUAGGAUGUAGGUAAAACCAAGCCAAGUUCAGUUGUAGUGCUAUAGAAAAAUGUAGUGUGCUCAAGGGACAUUCUCGAGAUCUGUGUGGUUGGUUUAUUGUUGAAUUUCUUUUCACUAACGGUUUAGGUUGAAAAAAACUUUGUUCUUAAAUAGAAUUUUGUGAAUUAAAUUUGAAUUGUCAAUGAUAAAUUUGUGUUUAAAUUAUAAAUUUAUAAAUAAAAAAACGCUUUAAUCAUGCAAACCCGUUCAUUAAAAUUAAAUGGAAUUAGGUCAUGAUCAAUACAUUUAAAAUACUUACCUGAUUGAAAAAAGAACUCGAAUUUUAGAUUCCAAAUUUGAAGUGAGGAUCUAUUUAGAAUCUUAUAAUGUCAUGACGAAUCAUAUCAGAAAUCGAAAGGGUUACGUUAACUGUCAGCAAUUUUUUUCAACUUCAACUCGAAUGGCUAUUGAACAACACCGAAAGAGGUAGUAAGGCUUAAAUCUCGUUUUUUUUUAAAUAUCCAGACUUUUGUCUGGUAGUUUUCUUAAUUCUCAAAUUUGCUACACAGAUCUUGAUGUCCUUUCAUAACUAGCCACAACAACACCCGAUCAUACUACAUUCACAUGAAAAGUUUAGAAAAUAAAAUCAGAAAUAGCGCCGAGUGUGUCGAAGACCACAUAAAAAAGCAAAACAUUAAAAAAAAACAGAAAAUAAAACGAAGUUAUAUUCAUCUCCGGGUCCAGAAACAAACAAAAAUCGAACAAAUUUAAAGUUACGAGUCGUUAAGCCGUUAAAUAGUAACUAUAUUUACCAUAUAGUUCUAUAGAGAAAGUGAAAAAAGCAUAGCAAAGGGGUCGCUGAGUGUUUGAGUGUGGUCGAGAAAGGUUCUUUUUGUUCAUUUUGUUAUGUCAAUCGAAAUUUUAAAAUGUAA